UGAAGGAGCAGAUCUGAUGACAGGUGGUCGUAGACGCUGCAUCGCUGUAUCUACCUUGGCUGAAGUGAAAUUCUAUUCAGAUGUUGGUUAUGAUGAUAUUCUAUAUACCGGUUAUUUAGACAGAGCUAAGAUUGAAGUAUGUGCAAAGUUUGCAGAAACCAUCAAUAGCUUUCAUAUCUUACUAGACAGCUACUAUAUUGUGGAGUUGUUACGUGAUAGAGUUUUAAAAGACGAUAAAAAAUGGUCGGUAUUCAUGGAUGUAGACUGUGGCUAUCAUAGAUCUGGUGUAGAUCCGUCUGAAUAUAAUGGUGUGGGGCUGGCUGUGUCUCUCAUGUCCGAAGCGAACAUCUUUUUUUGUGGCCUGUACAUUCACUGCGGCAAUGCCUACAACUGCGCGUCAGUCGAAGAGGUUGCAAUAGUGGCAGACGAUUCAGCAAAGAAAGCCAAGGAUUUUGCUCAAAAACUGAGGUACUACUAUGCAGUAAGAAAAAUGAAGAGACACAAAGUAAAUUUUCCACACAUUGCACUCGGCUCCACUCCAACAUGCAGUCAGCCUGUACCAAGCAUGAAAGAUGAAGUCACAGAAUGGCACCCUGGGAACUACAUUUUUUAUGACGUGGAGCAGCAGUCACUUGGAUCUUGUAAAGCAUAUGACAUUGCCGUCCAAGUGCUAACAGAGUGAUUGCUCACUACCCUAGUAGAAAACAAAUGCUGAUAGAUUGUGGAUGGACUGGAUUGAAUCUACAUGGUGCAGAACAUGGACAUGGAACAGUACUAGGACACCCC